CGGUGCAGUGAUGGCAGGGGAAGAGCCGACACUGCUCACAGAGGAAUGAGAACUUGUCGGGGAUGGCGGACAAACCUCUGUCAGUGUUCGUGAAGCUCUUCGCCGCUGUGUUUUACGGCCUGAGCUCGUUUCUCAUUGUCGUGGUGAAUAAGAGCGUCCUCACCAACUACAGGUUCCCUUCUUCAAUAUGUGUCGGAAUUGGACAAAUGUUGGCCACGGUGAUUGUGCUGUGGGUGGGCAAGGCUGCGAGGGUGAUCAGCUUCCCGGACUUUGAUGAGAGCAUACCUCGCAAGACAUUUCCUCUACCUCUUCUUUAUGUGGGAAAUCAAAUCACUGGUCUGUUUGGAACCAAAAGGCUCAAUCUGCCGAUGUUUACUGUCCUCAGGAGGUUCUCCAUUUUAUUCACAAUGCUGGCUGAGGGAUUUCUGCUCAAGAAGAAGUUCUCCAGGCCAGUCCAGCUGACAGUAUUUACAAUGAUCCUCGGGGCGUUUAUAGCCGCAAGUGCCGACAUGUCUUUUGACCUGCAAGGCUACGUGUUCAUUCUCCUGAACGAUGUACUGACUGCUGCCAACGGAGCCUAUGUGAAGCAAAAAUUAGAUGCAAAGGAGUUGGGGAAAUAUGGAUUAUUGUAUUACAAUGCAUUAUUUAUGAUAAUUCCCACUCUGCUGUUGGCCCAUGUGACAGGAGAUAUGCAGAAGGCAGUGGAAUACGACGGUUGGUCUGAUGCGUUUUUCCUCACCCAGUUCGUCCUCUCGUGUAUCAUGGGGUUUGUUCUGAUGUAUUCCACUGUGCUCUGCACACAGUACAACUCUGCUUUAACAACUACAAUCGUGGGCUGCAUCAAGAACGUCCUGGUGACAUACAUUGGGAUGGUGUUCAGUGGAGACUACGUUUUCUCUUGGACUAACUUCAUAGGUUUGAAUAUCAGUAUCGCGGGCAGCCUGGUGUACUCCUACAUCACGUUCACAGAGGAGCAGACCAGCAAAACAAAUGACAACAACAAGCUGGACAUCAAGGGCAAGGUGGUUGUAUGACAGAGACACUGGAUUUAAUUAUUUUUAUUCUGAAGAACAGGAAAACUCUAUUUUUAGUACGACUUUUAUUUAUGGAGUAUUUUAGUAGCAACGGUGAGAAAUGAUGAUGGGAAUGGCUUCAUAGAGAAAGCCAUGCCUUCACCAUUACUCUGCGGCUGCUGCCAUGGUUACGAAACCCUCCAGAGGGAUUGUGGGUUGAUUUUUAGAUGGUGUUUUCUUUUUAAACAUUUGUAUUUUGAUACUGUACUCGUGAGCAUUGAGGAGAAGGGAAACACAGAACCAAUGAUAUUUAUAUCACAACAUUUCCCGACAUUGAGACAAACUGAGCAUUAAAUGUUGGGAUGAUGUCAUGUUUCCUGAACACAGGAGUGAACAGCUGGGAUGAUCAGUUGUUUUAAGCUUGGGUGUUUACUGACAAAUCAUGGGACUAUUACUUAAUGGUUAUUUCAAAGGCACAAUCCUUAUUUUUUAUUGCCUUUUCUGUUUUGCUGUUUACAAGGAAUGUAACUUUAGCUGCCUUCUAAGCACAGUGAGAUGCACUGGCACUGUCAUUAUCUGUUAUUUCAGUCUUUAGUACAGUUCUUUUGAUUGCGCAUACACUGUUUUAAGCUUGGUACAGAGAGACGGUAAAGUGAUCUAACCUCAUCCUUUAAACAACCAAAGUGGAUGGGCAGUGGGCUGUCAAGGAUUGUGGCUUUAAAUGAUGUUGCUGCCUAUUUUUGGGAGAUAAUUUAAAGUUAACAGUUUACAUUUAGCUCCCUCAGUAUUACAGAAUGUUUGUUGUGGAUACUUAAAGGCUGUAGCUGGUUCUCUCUAUGCAGAAUUAACAAACAAGGGGAGCCAUGUCUUUGACAGUUUUCUCGCACUUUUAACUGAGGUAGCUCCUGCGAAAGGGUGAAACUGAAUUGCCUCCUGUUACAUUCAUAUCUUGAAUAUGAGAUUAUUGUACCUUCCUGAAACGUACAUUUCAGUUUUUUUUUAAGUAUUACAAGAGAAACGUGGUUAUCUAAGCCUUUUAUAGUCAGGUACAUUUUUAUCUACAUCAUUUUAUAUUUAUUACUGUUUUUUUAGACUAAUAUUCAUUUUGUAGAUGGCGUGGCUUGUGAAUUGUUGAUGCUGAUCUCAUUUCAGACAGUAACAAAGGAUUUGUAGCUGAAACAGUGAUGUAUUUUUACAUUAAAAAAACCUCUGUUGA